UUGAAUUUCUGGGCCCUAUUCAGGCACUUGCUUGGACAUGUUUCCUAUCCGUAACUUUGAUAAUACUUAUUAGACAGCUAUGGAAUUAUUUUAGAAAAAGAAGUUUCUUUAUUAAGAAGUACCGAAACGUUGAUCAACAUUAUGCCUCACAGAGGUGAUGUUGAUUAUGAAAAUGAUGACAUGAGGAUUUCAUCAAAUUAUCGGGUUGAAGUAGAAGAAUGGCAAGAUAUCAAUAAAGAGUUAAAAAAGCAUGGACUGCCAAUAGUUAAAAUUCUCCACCCAUCUGACGUUACAUUGUUAUCUGGCAGAACAAUAUGUAUGGACCUACCUAUGAGCCAGACAGUGAGGGAAAACUUCAUCUCAUUAAUGGUUGACUGUGAUCACAGGCAGAAUCUCCUACAAGAUCUCAUCUUAUCUAAUAACCAAAUUAAGGAGGAUUUGACAAAGCAAACGGAUUUGAUGGAAAAAUACCAUGGUCGUAUGAAAGAAUUAAAAGUUUUACUGGAAAGUUCUAGAAAUAGAGUAGAGGAACUUGAAAAAGACCAAGAUAUGAAGUCAUCUAUCUUUGAAGAGGAAGAAGAAAAAUUAAAGAAUACAAAGAAAUCAAUGCAUCAAAAAUGUAAAUUUCUUCAACAGAAAUGUGACAACCAGGAAAAAGAACUCGAGAGAUUAAAACAUAAACUGGGCAAAAUGGCCAGUGAGGAAGAAAAACGUACUGAAAGACAGAAUCAAAUUUUCCAAGAAUUUAAAAAGAGAACUGCAAGAGCUCACAAUACCAUGGAUGAAAAGUUGCUAGAUAUAAUUGAUGCUUAUGAAAAACAGAUUAGUAGUAUGCAAAAAGAGCUAGACUUUUAUAAGUCAGAUGAGGUUACAGACAACAGGACCUAUGAGGAGGAUUCUGUACAUGAAGCUGGAGUUUCAUCUAAUAUGAAGUCUCUUAUUAGGUCUUAUGAGAAACAGUUGUCCAAGGCAAAUGAUAAAGUUAAGAAAUUGCAAGAUGAAAAGGACUUAGUCAAAUUAGAAAUGGGAUCUAGGCCAGAGAUUACAGACUACAGAGUCAUUCAACAAAGAGUGAAAAAAUUAGAGAAAUUAUUAGCUGUACACAAUAUAAGCAUACCUGGAGAAAAUGAUAAGAAGGAUCCAUUUAGACAGAGGAAAAAAUACAGUACAAAGUUAGAUGAUUUAGAAUACUUACCACUAGAUUUAUGUAGACAGUACCUUAGGGAUGUUGCUACAGAAUUAGACACAGAUGAUCUUGAAAAUGUGACACCUCGUGUACAGAAAUUUAAUGAAAGACUUGAGACUGCAUUACAAUUCGAACAGUUCUGUAGGAAUGUAACAGAAAUGGUAAAUGAAGAUGACAUAAAUACAAGUAAAGGCAGAUCUAAAAGUCCUUCAAGGAAGAAGAAUAAUCUAAGUUCUAAAAGUUUACAGUUAGCCAUGGCCACCAUACAGAGCUGGAAGGAUGACCAAGAUUCAUUACAGGAAUUAGCAAUAUCAGUAAACAAACUUGGAGACAGGGUAGCACCCUGGUUAAAGAUCAGAUUAGGUAGUGAACCAUCUGUUUCUAAAAUCAUCACAGCACUGGACAAACUGGUUUAUGAUGAUGGUAUCUCUAAAGAUAAGGAUGGAAAAGAACAUCCCUCUCGUUCAGUCCUUGAGAGCAUUGUUAAACAUUUCCAGACUCUAUUUGAUGUUCCAUCAGUGUCUGGGGUUUACCCUCGUAUGAAUGAUAUCUACAGCAAGUUAGGAGAAGUCCAUAAUGUAUUGAAUACUCUCAGAAACCUUUUAGGUUUAGAUACAGAUUGUAAAUCUUCAGACAUUGUAGAUACAGUAGGACGUCUAUGUAGCCAACAUAACAACACAACAAGUAGACAGCUCAAAGCUCUGUUACAGACAGAGGAUUUAGAGGGUGUAAUAAGAAGACUGGAAGAGCAUAAUUCAUUUUUCCCAGCUUUCCAAGAAGUUAUGAGAAAAAUGUUUGAUAUAUUAGAUGUUCAAAGAAUGGAUCAAGUGAUACCAGCAGUCAGAGCAUUGAAAUUACUGGCCAGCUGAAACAAUGAAAUUGUAUUCAAAAGGAGGGUCUAGGAAAAGUUACUACUGCAGUUAAAUCAUUGAAAUUAUAAACUGGCUGACGUAUCAAAACUUUUUAGUGUGGGGACGGUCUUCAAUGAUGUAUGACUGCAGUCCUGUGUAUCAAAAGCUUGAUCUUCAUUGAAAGUUUUGAUUGCAGUCAAAGCAGACAAUUUUUGUCCAGUUUGAAUAUGUGGCAUUAAAGGGAAAGAGGGUAAUGUUAAAACAAAAAUCAGCAGUCAUAGUUAUCAUAUCUACAAUGAGUCUAUAUGGUAUUGGAAUUGCUAUUAACUUAAAAAGUAAGGGAAGGAAUUUGAGUCAUGAAACAUAAAAUGUAUUUAAAAGUAGCUCAUGCCAUUGAGCAGAAAUGAAAAUUUUCUUUAUUUGGUUAAAGUGAGUUGCAACUUAAUGACUAAAAUAGGCAGCAAAUUAAUUGUUUGCCAAUGAAUCCAAAAUUAUUUGUAAAUAGGAAAAUAUUGUUUAUAUUAGAUUAUAUAAUGUAAUUGUUUUUGUUUAAAAGGUGCUAGUUUUCCAAUUUCUCAGCUUCAAAUUAAGAAUAAAUUGGAAACCUUGUAUGGUUAUUUUUUUUUAUACAUCUUUGAAAAUUAUGAUUUAAAAUGGUUAAGUUUUUCAAAAAAAGAUUCCACAUCUCUAAGCUAGUAUUUGAAGAGUUCUCUGUGUUUGCUAAAAUGCAAAACUUAUGUAUCAUUAUGUUUUAUAAUGCAUGAACUUCAUAAUUUUAAAGUGUCUAGAGGGGAAAUUUCAGCACAAAAGAACAAGAUGUUAUGAUUGCAAAUAAUUAGAAAAAAUAUUUCUCAAUCUCUAGGGUGAUAUUGCUUUAUUAAAGUUUUAAAAUGAAUUAUUAACAGUGUUGAGUAUAAUUUCAAAAGUAUUGUACUCUCAUGAAAUCACAAAAAAUCAACCACCAUUGAUGAUUCAGCUGUAUCUAUUGUCCUAAAAAUAGUCUUUAUUUCUUUAUAAAUCAUCAGCAUCUCUACACCUUUGUCAGUGUUUGGUCUUAAUUUUUGAAGUGAUCUUUUUUUCAAUCAAGCAUCAAAGGGUACAAAAUGUAUAUGUAUGUAUGUGUUAUAUAUGAUAACUUGUGUUGUUUUGAUAACUAAUUGAAUAGAUAAAUGUGUAAAUAAAUAUAAUAUGUC